GUUGUCUUUCACUUGCACCAAACGGCAAAUUCUCGAAUGUUUCCAGGCUACUGUUUAAGCCUCUUGAGUCACAUAUAUUGACAAUUUACCACUCUCGUUACACUCAACAAUCCCACACGCUCGCUGCGCAACUCACGACUACCCCGCCAUGGACGCCGCUCGUAAAGGCGAAGCUGCGCUCAGCGCCAGCAACUACGACGAAGCUAUUCAGCACUUCACCGACGCUCUCAAGUCGAAUCCAGGCGCCGUGAAGUACUAUAUCAACCGCUGUACAGCUUAUCAGCGCAUUAAGAAGUACACCGAGGCGCUCGCUGACGCCGAAAUCGCCGUCGUCCUCGCCCACAAACGGGCCACCCGAGAGCUCAUCAAAGAUGCCCAAUUUCGCCGCGCACAGCAGCUCUGGUUCCUCGAACGGUAUGCCGACGCUGAGUACGUUCUCAGGAUUGUGAAGAAGCUUGACGAGAAGGAGAAGACACUGCCCAUCUGGGAGUUGAAGGUCGCAAAGAAGCUACAAGACAUGCCAGAGGGUGAUGAGAAGAGGAAGGUUACUGUUAAGGACGUCCCUGAUGUGGAAGUCACUAGUGCGUCACAAGAGACAUCAACGACCAAGAAGACAGAAGCACCCGCGGCAGCGCCCAAGCCAGUCGUGCCUACACCUGCCAACAAGAUUAAGGAUGAUUGGUACCAGAGCACCGAUACAGUCACAGUUAACAUCCUGGCAAAGGGCGCGCCGAAGGACAAAGUCACCGUCGACUUCGACAAGGACUCUUUCUCAGUAUCCUUCCCUGUCGAGGGCUCGGACGCCGAGUACAACUUCAAUAUCGAUCCUCUCUAUGCACCGAUCGACCCCACAGAGUCCAGGUUCCGCGUCACACCGAAUAAAGUCGAGGUUACAUUGAAGAAGGCAUCACCAGGUGCAAAGUGGAAGACACUAGAGGGCGAUCGCCAAGUGGAAGCAGCUGAAGGUUCCACAAGCACUAUCCCUCAGCACAUCCUCAGCGGGAAGCCAGCCCAGGACUCCGCCCCCGCCUACCCCACAUCAUCCAAGUCCGGCGCUAAGAACUGGGACAAACUUGCUGCAGAAGAUCUGGACGACAAAGACGAGAUCGAGGGCGACGAGACUUCGCACUUCUUCAAGAAGCUCUACGGCGGCGCCACACCGGAUCAGCAGCGCGCCAUGAUGAAGUCCUACCAAGAGAGCGGUGGCACAGUGCUCAGCACAGACUGGAGCAACGUAGGGGGUAAGACUGUUGUGCCCGAACCUCCUGAGGGCAUGGAAGCAAAGAAGUACUAGAAGGAAUUCAUGUCUCCUGCUUCGCGAAGCCCGGUGUCGAAAUUCCAGCUUCGAGACGUGUGUUCCAAGCACCAAGUUAU